UUGAUCCAAAUCUCAGUGUUGACAUCCAACACACACACACACACACAGGCAUGUUGGCCUUGAUGGCUGCCGGCAGCGCCUUCUUCCCAGGAAUUUUCCUGCUUUCCAGACUGACUCUGAGGUUUGUGAUGGGAUGGAAUGAGGCCGACGCCACUGUUGUGUCUGUGCGCGGCGUGUCAUCCGUGCAGGCGGCCAUGGCGUCAGCAGCCGGAUACAUCAUCGCCUCAUCUUGCCAUGACAUCAUGGAGGACAAGCACUGGCUGGCCGACGCCUACAUCAGCUUCGCCGCGCCCUACUUCAUCUACGACGUCUUCGCCAUGUUCCUGUGUCAUCGACACAAGCGCCAGCAGCAGGAGGGUGUGCACGUGGCGGCCUUUGUACGUCAAGAGGUACUGAUGGUGCUGCAUCACGCCUUCAUGGUGCUCUUCUGCCUCCCUGCCUCCCUGGUGUGGAGGCAGGGCAAGGGUGAUUACUUCCAGGGCAUUCUGCUGCUGGCUGAACUCAGCACGCCGUGUGUGAGUCUGGCUAAAGUUCUGAUGCAGCUGAAGAAGGAGCACACGCUGCUGUACAAGGUGAACGGCGCGCUGAUGCUGCUGGUCUUUUUUGGCUGCCGGGUCUUGCUCUUCCCCUGCCUGUACCUGGCCUACAGCAGGUACGCGUCCCUGCCCGUCCAUCAGGUGGUGCUGGAGGCCCCGUGGCAGUGCAAUGUGGGCGCGGCCAUGCUGUGGCCCCUGCAGAUCUAUUGGCUCACGCUCAUGUGUAGGCGGGCGCUACGCCUCCUCACGCGGCGCUCAGACGCCGACGCCAAGAAGACAGCAUGAUGCUCAACCUUUACUCCUCCACUCAGCCUUUAUUUUGGUAGGUGCGGCAGGAAAUUAUGUCACGACUAAACAAGUAAAAAAGUGAACGGGUUUGUUUAAUGAGAAGAUGUUAAAGGUCAGUCUGCCUUCACUUGGUUUUUCCUCCACACUUCCUGUCCGCUGAUAUAGGUCGCCGUCACUCCCAGCGCGUCAUCCAACAACACCAUGUCUGAAAUAAAACACUUAUUGAUCCAUCAAUCAAUAACAUCUAUUGAUUCAUCAUAUCUAGCAAUCAAUAGCAUCUAUUGAUUAAUCAUAUUUAUCCAUCAAUCAAUACCAUCUAUUGAUUAAUCAAAUAUAUUAACUAAUGAAUACUGGAUAUUAACUAAUCAUAUCCUUCCAUCAAUCAAUACAUCAUUGAUUAAUCAUAUCCAUUCAUCAAUCAAUAUCGAUUCAUAUCUAGCCAUUAAUCAAUACUAUCUAUUGAUUAAUCGUAUUUAGCCAUCAAUCAGUCAUAUCCAUUGAUUAAUCAUAUCUAUUCAUCAAUUGAAAUAUCUAUCAUUAAUCUCCCCGUGAAUGCGUGGGUUCCCUCCGGGUACUCCGGCUUCCUCCCACUUCCAAAGACAUGCACCUGGGGAUAGGUUGAUUGGCAACACUAAAAAUUGGCCCUAGUGUGUGAAUGUGAGUGUGAAUGUUGUCUGUCUAUCUGCGUUGGCCCUGCGAUGAGGUGGCGACUUGUCCAGGGUGUACCCCGCCUUCCGCCCGAUUGUAGCUGAGAUAGGCGCCAGCGCCCCCCGCGACCCCGAACGGGAAUAAGCGGCAGAAAAUGGAUGGAUGGAUAAUCAAUCCAUCUAUUGAUUAAUCAUAUCUAUAUAUCAUAUCAAUCCAUCAAUCAUGUCAAUCAACACGUAUAUCGUUUAUCAAUUGUAUCUGUUAAGAAAUCAUAUCGAUUUGUCACCCAAUCCUAGCUAUUGAUCGACCAAUUGUUAAUUUUUUAUUAUAUCUAUUGAUCACUAAAUCGUAUUGAUUGCACAUUAAUCUAUUGAUCAAUAAUCUUAGAUAUAGAUUAAUCUUAUCUGUCAAGUAAUAUUUUGUAUAAAUUGAUUAAUUAUACCUAUUAAUCAAGCAAAACUAAUAAUUGUAUCGAUUGAUUACUCAUAUCUCUACUGAUCACUCAAUCAUAAGUAUUGUUUAGUGAUUGUGAAAUGAAUCAGACCUGCGUCUGAACCAAAGUUCAAGUUUCCUUUCUGGUGGCUGAUUCCCAAGAGUUGAGAAGGAUGUAACGACGCUGCUUCUAACGCUUCUUCCACACUGCAGCCUGCACAUGAAUGAACACACACACAGUUGAACACUUCUUGCUUCCUUCCAUCCUUGCUGCCUUCCUUCCUUCCUUCCUUCCUUCCUUCCUUCCUCAUCAGCUGACCUGAGGCUUGUUUGAAGUGACGCACACACAUGUCCAUGGUGGCGAUGCUGCCACUCAGCGUCUGCGUGCCUUGAAGAGUCAGAAGAAGAUUCAAAUGAAGAAGACCCAGAUGAAGAAGAUUAAGAAGAAGACUCAGACAAAGGUCCAGAUGAAGUGUAAAACGAAAAAUAGUUAGAAUAAGAAGAGUCAGAUAAAGUGGAGAUAAAAGAAGAAGAGUCAAAAAGAAAGAGUCAGAAGUAUAAUACAACUUUAACAUUUGACAACCAAACAAUUAAACAAGGCGACUCGGUAAAGAAUCUGGGUAUUAUCUUCUACCCAACUCUCUCCUUUGAGCCACACAUUAAAAGCGUUACUAAAACGGCCUUCUUUCAUCUCCGUAAUAUCACUAAAAUUCGCUCCAUUCUGUCCACUAAAGAUGCUGAGAUCAUUAUCCAUGCGUUUGUUACGUCUCUCCUCGAUUACUGUAACGUAUUAUUUUCGGGUCUCCCCAUGUCUAGCAUUAAAAGAUUACAGUUGGUACAAAAUGCGGCUGCUAGACUUUUGACAAGAACAAGAAAGUUUGAUCACAUUACGCCUGUACUAGCUCACCUGCACUGGCUUCCUGUGCACUUAAGAUGUGACUUUAAGGUUUUACUACUUACGUAUAAAAUACUACACGGCCUAGCUCCAUCCUAUCUUGCCGAUUGUAUUGUACCAUAUGUCCCGGCAAGAAAUCUGCAUUUAAAGGACUCCGGCUUAUUAGUGAUUCCCAAAGCCCAAAAAAAGUCUGCGGGCUAUAGAGCGUUUUCCAGUACUCUGGAAUGCCCUCCCGGUAACAGUUCGAGAUGCUACCUCAGUAGAAGCAUUUAAGUCUCACCUUAAAACUCAUUUGUAUACUCUAGCCUUUAAAUAGACUCCCUUUUUAGACUAGUUGAUCUGCCGUUUCUUUUCUUUUACUCCUAUGUCCCACUCUCCCUUGUGGAGGGGGUCCGGUCUGAUGGCCAUGGAUGACGUACUGGCUGUCCAGAGUCGGGACCCAGGAUGGACCGCUUGCCUGUGUAUCGGCUUGGGACAUCCCUGUGCUGCUGAUCCGCCUCUGCUUGGGAUGGUUUCCUGCUGGCUCUGCUGUGGACGGGACUCUAGCUGCUGUGUUGGAUCCGCUUUGGACUGGACUCUUGCGGCUGUGUUGGAUCCACUAUGGAUUGAACUUUCACAGUAUCAUGUUAGACCCGCUCGACAUCCAUUGCUUUCGUCCACUCCAAGGUUCUCAUAGUCAUCAUUGUCACCGACGUCCCACUGGGUGUGAGUUUUCCUUGCCCUUAUGUGGGCCUACCGAGGAUGUCGUAGUGGUUUGUAUUGUGGUUUGUGCAGCCAUUUGAGUCACUAUUGAUUUAGGGCUAUAUAAGUAAACAUUGAUUGAUUGAGAACAAGAAAGGUCAGUUGAAGGAAAGUCAGAAGAAAAAGAGACAGAAAAAAAAGAAGAGUCAGAAGAUUACAAUGAAGAAGAUUAGGAAGAAGAGUCAAAGAGUCAGAAGAAGAUUCAAAUGAAGAAGAGUCAGAAGAAGAAGACUAAGAAGAAGACUCAGACAGAGGGCCAGAUGAAGAGUCAAAUAAAGAAUAGUCAGAAGAAGAAUAAGAGAAAGAGGAGAAAGAAGAAGAGUAAAAAAUGGGUGUUAGAAGAACAGUCAGUUGAAGGAAAGUCAGAAGAAAAAAAAGUCAGAAAAAAAGAAGAAUCAGAAGAAGAUUCAAAUGAGGAAGAUUAAGAAGAAGAGUCAAACAAAGAGCCAGAUGAAGAGUUUAACAAAGAACCGUAAGAAGAAAGAGUCAAAAUAUGAAUAAAAAGAAGAGAGAAAACGAGUCAGAAGACUAGUAUGAAAAAAAGAAGAGUCAGAAGAGCAAAGAGAAGAACAAGAAGAGUCAGUAAAACAAGAAGAGUCGGAAAAACAAGAAGAGUCAGCAGAAGAGUCAGAAGAACACAAAGAAAAAGAAGAAUCAAUAGAAGAUGACGUGUCAGAAGAAAAAGAGUCAGAAGAAGAAAAGUCAAAAGUACAAGAGUCAGAAGAACAUACAGAAGAAUCCAAAAAAGAGUCAGAAGAACAUACAGAAGAAUCCAAAAAAGAGUCAGAAGAACAUACAGAAGAACAAGAAGAAGAGUUAGAAGAACAAAACGAAUCAGAAGACGAAGACGAGUCAGAAGAAGAAGAAGAGUCAUAAGAUGACAAGUCAGAAGAAGAAAAGUCAGAAGAACAAGAAGAGUCAAAAAACAAGAAAAGUCAGAAGCAGAAGACAAAAAGGGGAGGGUUUAUGGGUAUGGGCGGGGUAAGCGGACCUUUUACAAAAGCUUGCAGACCCUGGAUCUCGAUGACAUGCUGGCCUAGCGUGUGGCGACCUGGAGGAAGGCCCAUGGCAGCGAUGGCGUCCGUCACCAACACCAAACCUGCACACACACCAUCAGAGACUGUGGACAAUCGUGACCUCUGACCUUGAGAGCCCACCUGCCGGGUGAGCACGGUGAGCGAUGCGCAGAGCGGCGGGGUUUGUGUGGAUCCCGUCAGCGAUCAUCCCGUAAAACACGCUCCUCCCCUCCGGGAUCUGGUCACUGGUCAGCAGGCCCACGAUUCCCGGGUCUCGAUGGCUGAACUGGACCACAUGACAGGAAGUUAGCCUGGGAUAGUGACAAGGUUCAGCGCCAAGGGGCGGGACCUACGGGCAGCAUGGCGUUAAAGAGGUGGGUGAUGAAGGAGGCGCCGUGUCGGACCGCCUCCUCCGCUUGGGACAAGUUGGCCAUGGAAUGUCCUGCGGGAAUGCGAGCGUAAGAGCGUGCACGUGGCGGCGCACGUAAGUGCGAGCGAGUGGGAACGCACCGAGCGACACGGUCACGCCCCUUUGGCAGAGCUCCUUCACCGCCGAUUGGCUGCCAUCCAGCUCGGGAGCCAGCGUCACCAUGGCGACGUCGUCCAGGCUACCGUAGACUUCAAUAAGGUCCGCCGAGCCUCCUGAGGCGAAGGUACGCAGAAAGCGCUCGGGAUGGGCGCCCUUUUUCUCGGCACUGAUAAACGGACCCUCCAAGUGGACCCCUGCCCAUCACAUCGGCAAACAUCAACAAUGUAGCACGCGUCCCGCCACUGCCGCCGCCAACACGGGACCUCACCGAGAACGCCCGCUCCGUGCCUGCCUCCAUCGUGAACUUUGACCUGAGGCAGAACCUGAAAGACAUUUUCCCAGAUGUGAGGCGGGGGGAGGAGUGGGAGUGGGCGGGUGUCACCGACCUUGUGAUAGACGUCCAGAGGGGACGUGACCAGCGUGGGACAGAAGGACGUGACGCCAUGCUCCAGAACCUUCCGGGCCACCAAGGAGACCCCGGCGUUGACGUCCUCGGAGACUUGUGAGAAGUCGACCCCGUAAGCUCCUGCAUGAAGACCACGCACGUGUCACACCCACACACACACACACACACGGAUGCACACACAAGAGACCAGCAGCUGCACCAUUGAUCUGGACAUCGAUGAAACCGGGUGCCAAGAUGGUGCCCUCACAAUCUACUCGCUCGUCGGCAUAGGCCUUCUCGUCGAAAAAGAGCUUUUCGGGAUCCAGAAUCUUCCCUUCGCGCACCCACAGGUCCUCCCUGCACACACACACACACACACACACACACACACACACACACACACACACACACACGCACACAAACAAAGGUCAGGCAUGCACGUCAGCGGCGGAUCCGUGCGUGUCGACGUCACCUGAGCAGCCGGUGGUCCCUGAGGAUCCUGCAGUUGACGAACUGCGUAAUGGGAGCCUCGGACACCGACUUGUUGGACGGCAUCCUGCACUGAGUAGAUCAUCUCGUCUUGUCGGACUCUUCACACACUUUGUGUUUGCUUUUGCCGACGACUAAUCAACAUUUAUCUUACCUUAUCUUGUCUUGUCUUAUUUCAGACUUUGACACCUGAUCUUCUUCAGCGCUCAACCCCAACCUAGAACUCAGUCCGCUAACUGCAAACUACGUUAUGAAAGUUGUUGUUUGAGUCGCCCAGCCUCUGCGUUCACUCAGACAAGUUAGGAGGCCAAGACAACGGAUAAAUCUGAACUAUUAGCUCACAAAUGUCCAAUCGGCUCCUGCAAAAUAGUUACAAAUUUAACCGUAAGUGUCAAAUUUCGUCAAAGUUCGAAUCUCGUCGAACAGGAAAUAGGGGGAGGACCCGCUUCCUAAAAGUGUCUUUUUGUCAAAAACGAUUCCGCACGUUUUAAAACUUACCUUCCGUCUUCUUGGCGCGGUCGUAUCUCAAAGAAACGUCCUAAAAUCAGCUUUUUGAUCCUAAAUUGUCUGCUGCUCACCGAGGAAGACGACGACAGGA